AUGGACCCCGGUCGGAACCAGUACAACCCUUCUGACAUGGGCCGCUCUCCCGGCAUGGGGUCUAACACUCAUGGCUCUGGUCCUGGCUUCGGUAAUGACACUGAUACCCGCGGCAAAUACGCUGGAACUACCGGCUCACGAAACAUCAGCGCCGGUGCUCAGGAUCCCAUCCUCAACAACACAGCCUCCAUCGGGCAGCCUCGCAGCUACGGUUGCGACAAUCAUAUAAAUAGCGAGGACAACUAUAGCAGCUCCAUGCAGGAACAAAACUCCCGCUCCCAGCCUUGCGAUGAUCGUAUGUCGAGUGAGGACAAGCAUAUCAGGUCCGCGCAGGAACACAAAUCCCACUCCGCAACCAGCCAUAUCACCCCCUGCCAGAUGAAUCCGAAUGCCGAGCCUGGCCUUGACAGUCGUAUGGGUCAGCAAAACUUCGGCGGUAGUGCAACUGGUGGCAGUAGCUACAAUGAUAACCGCUCCGGUAUAAGAGAGCCAGCUGGUUCUCAAACCCCCAACUACGUGGACAAACUUGACCCCAGAGUCCACGACUCGAAUUAUCAACAAAACGACGUCGGCAACCAGCGAGGCGGAUACUAG